GAAGUGCUUACGUUAGCAGUAACAAAAUUAAAUAAGAUAACGUCGAUUAAGGUCCAAAAGUGUCAUCAUGAAUAUUUCAUUGCUCCUGGCUACAUUAAUCAUUAUCAGCUCUAUGCAUUGGGUCGAUUCUUUGUUGUGUUAUUCAUGCAGUGAUUUGAAAAGCAAUGAGGAGUGUUUCAACACCACUAUUUGUCCGGACGGAGAGGCCUGCUAUGGUCGAGCGGAUGGAUUUUUAACAUCAGAAGUAAAACACACAACUGGAUGCACAAAGGAGCUUAAGCCACAACGAAGGAAUGACUCACUGGGAUAUUCUUUCUGUGCAAAAACAUGCCGUGACAAUCUCUGCAAUUUGCACAGCUGCCAGCUCUUAGAUAAUUCAACAAAACCUCCACGAUGUCUGGCCUGUGAUUCGGUAGAUUCACCAAGUCUGUGCAAGAAAGUCGUUCAAUGUAACUCUAAUGAGGUUUGCUUCUCAGAAAGAGUUUUUACUUUCCACAACGCUGUGUACAGAUUUGGAUGUGUUAAAGAAAAGGACUGCAGUGCCCAACCCGUGAAUAUGGCUGCUAUCUUGGGAAAGAGAGCUGAUGAGAAAUCAUGUUCAGUGUGUUGCAAAACUGAACAUUGUAAUAUAAAUGCUUGCAGCAAUUAUCCAGUAGGACAGAUGUUUCCUCUUUCACCAAUUUCUUCAGGUAUUUGUACCGACUCCGACGCUGCUUUGUGUUCAACAUUUGGUCGCCUUCGUGCAGACGCAUGCAAAGAACAAAUAGUAUUAAAUAGAUGCCCAUCGUCCUGCGGUGUUUGUGCUCAUAUUGUAUGGAGCCAAUGGUCACCAUGGGGUAGCUGUUCUGCUAGUUGUGGGCUAGGUACUCGAACACGAUCGAGGACAUGCCAUCGACGCUUUAACUUUGUUGGUACUUGUGCUGGACCUUCUACCAGCAGCUCGACCUGCCAAGGACAUAAUUGUCCAGUUAAUGGUGGAUGGUGUGUUGAGACAAGACAAGAUUGCCAUCAUGUUUAUAGUUCUUAUAUGGAGUGUACAAAUCAUAGAGAUGUAACUACAUGUUCCUGUCCAGCGCCUCAAAACGGUGGACUUCCCUGCAAAGAAUAGUCUUGAUAUAUUCAUUAUUAAAGAAUGGCGAUCUAUGAUG